GGAAGAGUCAGGCCUGGCCAGGUGCCCAUCUUGAGAAAAGACAAGACAGGGGAUGAGCUGGAGUGGCAGGGCCUGAAGGAUGAGAAGGUGGCAGGGAUGCACUGGGGCUACGAGGAAACCAACAUUUUCCUGGGAAUUCUCAGUGAGUCCUGGAUUCAUGAGAAGCUCUGUACGUGCCAUCGGAACCGCCAGGUGUACCGGAUUGUGGCUGAGCGGCUGCGAGAGCGGGGCUUCCUGCGGACCCUGGAGCAGUGUCGUUACCGGUUCAAAAACCUCCAGACUAACUACCGCAAAGCUAGGAGCACCCACGUGCUAGGAACCUGCCCCUUCUACAACAAGAUGGAUGCCCUGAUGUGUCCACAGGCCGCCACCCCCAUUCCAGGGGUGGCCGGGGGUCUGCUUGGGCAGAGGUACCGUGAUGUGGAGCAGGAAGAACUGCAGAGGGCUUACUGGGAGCAGGAGGAGGCGAUGCUGGCCAAGGCCGUGUUAGAAGGUGGGUCAGAGAAGCAGGGGUGGAACCAAGGCCAUCCAGCAGCAUCUUUAGAAGAAGGGCAUUCAGGAGCCAUAAUGGAGGAUUCUGAGGGGGGAGAACUGGGCACUGAAGAAGCGUCUGGAAGCCCUGGUAUCCCAGCCCUGUUUUGGAGUCCUACUGAUCUUGAAACAAGGACAGAGAAUGAGGAGGAUUCAAGCCAGGACAUUUCAGAGGCAGUAAAACUACCUGGGGUGUUAUUAGGAAGAUCCAACAUGGAUGUUUCCCAAUACCUCAACUGGAGGAAAGACUGGGAAAGUGAAUAUGGGGCAGAGAAGCAGUGAGAAAUAUCCUUAGAAGAUGGACAAGAGUGGCUCUCUCCUCCAGAAAGAGACUUAGGUAAAUUCAUAGGUCCUCAGGGAACCUAUGUUGGAGGAAAACCCAAUAUAUGCUGUGAAUGUGGAAAAUAUUUCGGCCUGAGCUCACACUUAGCUAUCCACGGAUUAGCCCACAUUGGAGAAAAGAAACCCAUAAAUGUGGCCAAUGUGGGAAAAGCUUUGGCCAAAGCUCAUAUCUGGUUUGCCACCAGAGAAUUCACACGGUGGGGAAGCCCUACAAAUGCCCCAAAUGUGGGAGAGGCUUCAGUGAUCAUUCUGACCUCAUCACACACCAGAGAAUCCACACAGGAGAAAAGCCCUAUAAACGUGGGGAGUGCUGCACAGGCUUCACGCAGAGCGCAGGCCUUAUUACGCACCAGAGGAUCCACACAGGAGAGAAACCCCGUAAGUGUAGUGAGUGUGGAAAGAGUUUCGCCAACGGCUCGCACUUUGGGACACACUGGUGAAUGCACACUGGCGAAAAACCCUACCGGUGCCCCGAGCGUGGGAAAAAGUUCAGUAAGAGUUCCGCUCUCACCAGCCAUCAGAGGAGAGAAACCCUAUGAAUGUCUGGAAUGUGGGAAACGUUUCAGUGACCGCUCAAACGUCAUUACCCACCGGCGAAUCCACACUGGAGAGAGACCCUAUAAAUGCGGGGAAUGUGGGGAGAGCUUCAGUCAGAGCUCAAGUCUUAUUAUUCACCAGAGAAUGCACACGCGAGAAAAACCCUAUGGAUGUGCUGAGUGUGGGAGCCGAUUCAACAAUAGCUCACGUAUUAGUGCACGUCGGAGAGCCCAUGCCGGGGAGAGACUCUAGGUGUAGGGGACCUAUCUUGAAAACACUGCAGAAUCUACCCCAAAAAAGGGUUUGUAUGGCCCUGGAUUCUAUACCACGACACCCACAGGAGAAGGAGAGAGAGCUCAAAUCCCAGUCCAACAGGCUGUACUUUGUUUCUCUCACUCAGUACCCACUGGGCUUAUGGAAUACCACUCAAGCCCUUCCUGUCCAUGCUGUUAAAAUGGAAGCUGAUUUCCAGAGGAUUCAGAGACUAGUUCUGAAUCUGACUGUAUCACCAUCUCAAUGAGUCUUCACUGUGAUUCUGUGCCUUAAUUUUCACAGCAUGGUAAUGUGAGGGUGAGAUGCUUAUCCUCCUUCCAGGACGGAGGCGGCUCUGCCCUCCUGUGGUGAUGGCAUUAAUAACGUAGAACCAGCAGUGGCUGAGGAGUUUCCUCCCAGCACUGGGCAGGUAGACAAGGAUUUAUUUAUGAACUAAAUACAUUUCUAAAGGUCUUCCCCUGUUCUCCCUCGGGGAGGACUGGAGCCCAGGAACUGUCUGUGUGUCCCUACAUCCCCUGUCUUAGAUUUACAUGGAGUUACUUGAGAGGAAAGCAUUCUAUUGGGUUAUUUGGAGGAGGGAAAAGGAGGAAAGAUCAAUGCUAAAGGCUGACUUUCUAAACCAUACCCUACUCUUCCUCCAACAUAUUAGGUUGAACCAUGGGAGAUUGCCAUUUUUGGUCUAUAAAACUAGUGAUUUCAUGAUUCACCCGAAGUCGAAUUUUUGCAUGGUUGAAUUACUCCAAACUGCCAGCAGGGCUGCUGCAGAGCUUUAAAGCUCAUACCGUAUCCUAAAAAUGUGAGACCGGGUCUAGAGGAUCGUGAACCAGGGUAAUAAAGUGGGUAAGGUCUUUUCUGUUUGUCAAUAUGUCCAGAGCAAUAACUAGGAACCAUGGCAUUGAUUAGGAAGACUCCUGGUUGGAGGAUUUACCGCUAUAUCACCUGCCUCUGACAAGCUCACUAGUUCCCGUCUGUGCUCAGGUGUCCAGGUCCUACAGGGGAGGCCGAGAGCAGGUCAACAGGUUCUGGAGAUUUGGGCAUCUCUGUGGGAGCAGAGUCCCUGGAGGGCCUCUGACAUACAGAGCAAAUGGUGCUUGGAAAUAAAUGGAACACAGU